AUAUAAGUUAUUGUUCUACUGAAUACGUUAUUAAAAGGAUCGUUAGUUGAAACAAGAGAAAAUGGCGUCUGCUGAUAUAAAAGGUAUUUCCAUUAUCGACCCGUCGCAGCUUCUUCGUCCUGAACCUGUAUUUCACGACAAGCCAAUAGAUGCUUUUCGGGACUACACUAUCGACGAUUCAGAUCCAAUUAAGGAACGCGUGAGGAGGACCUAUUACUUGAUGCACACACAUGUCACCGUUGAUUUAGUGAAACAAAAGAGAGAAAAAUGGCUCAAGUUCAAUCACUUUAAAUCGACGAUUAAGGAUGCCCUGAUUAGGUUAAAUGAGCUCGUGGAUGAAUCCGACCCCGACACUGACCUGCCGAACAUCGUGCACGCCUUCCAAACAGCCGAGAGGAUCAGACAGGAUCACCCUGAUGACGACUGGUUCCACCUAACUGGUCUCAUUCAUGAUUUGGGAAAGGUGAUGGCGUUUUAUGACGAACCCCAAUGGUGUGUAGUGGGGGACACGUUCCCUGUUGGCUGCCAGUGGGCGGACUCCAUAGUCUAUGGACCUGAAAGCUUCAAGGACAAUCCUGAUACAUACAACCCUAAGUAUAACACAAAAUACGGUAUAUACGAGCCCCACUGCGGCCUGGACAAUCUACUGAUGUCAUGGAGCCACGACGAGUACCUUUACCAGUUUCUGCGUCACAACAAUUCUAAGAUACCAUUAAGUGGACUGUACAUGAUCAGGUACCACUCUUUCUACCCGUGGCAUUCAGGUGGUGAUUACCGUCAUCUCAGCAACAGCAAAGAUGUGGAGACGCUCAAGUUGGUGCUUGAGUUUAAUAAAUAUGAUCUAUACACAAAGAGUGAGAAUGUGCCGGACAUCGAAGCCCUAUGGCCAUACUACGAAGGUCUAAUUGAUAAGUAUAUACCUGGCGUUUGUGAGUGGUAACAGCGAAGAAUUAUUUUAAUUAUUAAAAGAAACUUAAUUAUUAAAGUACCUAAACGAAAUAGACGGAAGAAAAAUGACUUGUCUAUGUAUAAAAAUGGCUAUACGACGUCUAUAAUUUCAAAUUGUACUUAAUUAUA